CGACCAUUCUAUCACAGAAUCUCAUGUCUCAUGGCACCUAAUGAAUUGAAUAAUACGUACAAGGUAGGCACCUAUUCCAGGCAUUAUUAAGCCAGCCAAACUGUGACAAGUCCUACAUGACAACUAGGUAUGUAUGUAAAGCUCGCGUAGGUCAGAAACCAACAGGGUAUCUCAUCUAGCCCCUGUAUCUGUAAGAAAGCCAGUCAGACCAGUUGCAUAAAUCUCGACUAGCCGAUAAAAAUAUAAUAAUAUCCACUUUAGAAACUACGGGCUACUCAAUCGUAGAAAUAGCAGGUCAAGUGAGGAAGUAAACAUCCAAGACGGUUCGAAUAGGGGAAAAACAAAACAAAAACAAGAAGCUAUAUAAAUAUUCGAAAGAAAGAAAGAAAGAAUAAAAAAAAAACAUGCACUCAGCACAAGUUCAGUCCUGGUCAGAAGGACCACGGUAUGUUUCGGUCGAUGAUCUACCCACACCGUCAGAAGGCCAAGUCCAGCUCCGCGUCUUGGCUGCUGGGGCUCACCAGGUAGUCCGUUCUCGCGCGUCAGGAGCCCACUACUCAGCAAGGGAACUGCCUCACACCGUGGGCAUCGACUGCGUCGGAAGAGACGACACCACCGGCAAGCUGUACUAUGUCUGCACCAUGCGGGGAGGCACGUUUGCUGACCGCAUCAACGUCGACAAGGCCAACGUCUACCCGCUUCCCGACCACGUCGACCCGGUCUCGUUCGCCGCCAACCUCAACCCUGCUAUGAGCAGCUGGAUGGCCAUUACCCAGCGCACUACUAACCUGCCCAGGGACUUUACCGUCGUUAUUGUCGGUGCGACAAGCGCCAGCGGUCGUUUGGCCGUGUACUCGGCGAAAGCGCUGGGCGCCGCCAAAGUCAUCGGCAUCGCGCGGAACAGCGCAACCUUAGCCGAGGUGGACGGUCUCGACGACUACAUCGUGCUGCAAGACCCGGUAUCCGAAACCGAUUUCUCCAAAGCCCAGGGCGUCCAUCUCAUCCUAGACUACGUCUACGGGGACGCGGCGGUCCAUCUGCUUUCGUCGCUAAGCCGCGCCAGGCAGCCGGUGCAGUACGUCCAGAUCGGCAGCCUAUCGCAGCACGCCGCCGAGAUCCCGUCCCGGCUCCUCCGGUCCUUCGACCUGACCAUCCGCGGGGCCGGCGCGGGCUCUUGGAGCGUGCCGGCGCUGAUGAAGGAGCUGCACACGCUGGUCCCGGCCGCCGCCGGCUGGACGCUAACGCCGGCUAAGUCUAUACAGCUUAAGGACAUCGCAGAGACCUGGAACGACGCGUCAUUGAAGGCCAACGCCAGGAUAGUCUAUGUGCCUACCUGAGAGAAUAUUUCUUAAGGAUGAGAUUUUUUCAAAAUGGCUAAAGCCUCCUUGGCAUUCAGCUGUGAGAACCUGUGAGAGCUCUCACAGGGAAAUCGAUCGUCGUUUUUUUUUUUUUCUCCGACGUCUGCGCCUCACUGGAAAAUGCCACCAACGCAAGGAAUGAAUACCUGAAAAGGAGCAUUCACAGAUAGAUGAAAUAAUGCAGAUCGAUAAUCUUUUGACGUCAGCAGAUUCUCAUGAUGAAAUAUGAAGUUGUCAAAAUUCCGAGUAUUCGAUUUUUUUUUUAAUCUUCACUUUUCUAUCGAUGAGUUGAAACAAUCGUGUUUCUCAUUCGCGUUGGUCUGUGAUUAUUCACAUCUUGACUCAAACCCAUACCUAAGGUAACAGGUAUAUACUGUUCCACUCAGAUACAGGCUACUCUGUGGCUCCUACGAAUAGAUGCCCCCCUUUCCCGUAUGCUAUACACUUUACAGCUGCGUUGAUGGUAUUACGUAGAAAGCUCUGCUAGCAAAGACGAUGACAUUUAUUUAUAGUCUAC